UUCUCGCCCUCCGUAACUCCCAAACCAAACGCCUCCAUUCUAAGGAACCAAGAAUCGCUAGGCAAAGUCAAGAAAAGCACGUACAAGAUUGGGAAUCAAGCGCAUCCGCGCCACCCGGCGGGGAUCGCAGCCUGCCUGCAGGCGGAGUCGCGGCGGCCGCCUGGUCGCCUAGGGUUUAGCCGCUUCGGCCGCCGGGUCGGAAUGGCGCCGUGCUGGUGCCACCGUGCCAGGGUGUCCGCCCACUUGGUUCAACCGGGCCAUCGUACCGCACGCCUGGGCCCACCUAUCAGUUGGCCUACUUGUCAGGGGAGCCAGCGAGCACCCGCAUUUCAAACACGGCGUCGCUCAAGCGCCCGAGGGCGAACUCCGUAACCGCCCGCCAACAAACUCCUGCUUCGCUUCGCCACCGCCUCCAAGCUCUCUAUCUCUCUCUCGCCCCUCCAUCCACAAUCGGAGGAGCAAAGGGAGAUCAAUGGAGGUCUUCCUGGGGGCGCACCUAGUGCGGCUGCGGUGCCUUGCCCGCGGCUACGAGUACCUCACCGCCGACGAGGACGGCAGCGGGGUCCUCCUCACGAGGAAUGGAGAGGAGCGCGCCACCAUUUGGGCCGUUGAGUUCGUCCCCGACGCCAAAACCAAGCACUCCGUCAUGUUCCGCGGCGACUACGACGGAUAUCUCUGCGCCACGAACCGCUUGGCGCGCACCGGUGGCCCCCCCCCGGUGCCGUGCGCCGCCCGAAGGGAGGGGAAUGUUGUGUUGCGCAACCGCGCUGGCGGCUACCUCCGUGCCAACGGGAGGUACCUCGGGUGGCGCAAAGGCGUCAGCGUCGCCGACGACGACGGGAGUGCCAUGAUGUUGUGGUCGCUGGAGGUAGUACCCCUCGGGUUGCGGAGCCUUCUCAUCCACCCAAUUCUACAUGAACAGAUUGAUGGAGAUGGCAAAAAGGAGAAGGUUCCCCAGCAUAUGCAGCAAUCCAUUGAAGAGAACAGAGGCCUGGAUAAGCAGUCCCGGAAGCAGGGUCUGUCAGAAUUACAACCAGACUGUCUGUUUGAGGUUGCACUUAAGCUUCCCACCAGAGCUGAUAUUCUUAGGUUGGCUGCAACAUCAAGGCGUCUUUGGACAAUUAUUGGAAGCAGCGAUUUCAAAGAUGCCUAUUACACUACCAAUGGAACUUCCGUGGCUGAACUAAUUGGUGUCUUAAAUACAAGAGAAAUUCAGAUCAUGGCUAUAUCUGUUGGUGCAUCAGUACCGAUUUCACUAAAUGGCUUGGACAACCGUUUCGGAAUUCAUGUCAUGGACUGCCACAGUGGGUUACUGCUUCUCAAAGAUGAUUUCUCUGGGGCCAUGAUCAUUUAUGAUCCAACAAAUGGUAAAAGCAUACCACUUCGAUCACCACCUGUGCCACAGGAUUGUGAGUUUGUUGCUGCUGGGAUAUCACCAGACGAAUCUGGCAAGUACUCUCUGGUGAUAGCACUUUAUGCAAGAGGAUCGUUAUUUCACUAUGAGCAGAAGAGAGCAUGGAUCGCAACGUGCAAAAUUCAUCCGAGGGAAACGGAAUGGACAGUAUAUGACAAUGAGAUAGAUUUUGACCUCAAGGAAGCUGAGAUCAAACUGCCAUUAGUUAUCGCUAGUGGAGAGUUGCACCUGCUGAAUUACAACAAUUUCAUCAUAUCGGUUUGUAUCAAGAAACCGCACACAGUGAGGACUCAACCUCUUCCUUUUGACAGACAGAUGUUAACCCCCUCCCACAUUCUUGGGAGAGGAGAUGAAGUAAGACAGUACAAGUGCGUGAAGGGAUUCCCCCAGAUACCAUUCUUCGCAUUUGCCCAGGAGAACUUCCUUCUAUUGUCCGACCAUUUUAUAUGCUUCAACAUGGAGACAGAAGAAUUGGAACUCCCCUUCAAUAUACCAGCUGAAGAAGUAGGGGGAAGAGAUGUUGUACCAUAUGAGAUGGCUUGGCCUCCUAGGCCGGUACUACAUGAGGAGGAGAACACUCCUUAG